CGUCGUACAUCGCAUGACUAGGGCGACAUCUUGAUUUGCUGUAUGUAAAAACUGUAAAAGUGAAAAUGUGCAAAAAAUGUGAACGAGAUAAAUAAAAAUCGAAACCACAAUGGUUUCACUUUUUGAAAAUUAUGAACAGCAAUAUUCAGUACUGACUGCUGACAUCACUAGCCAAGUAGGACUUUUAACAGCCUCAGCAACCAGAGACCGUCGACAGCUGAUUUCAAAAAUAGAGAAACAUGUUGAGGAGGCACAGGAACUGUUGGAACAAAUGGAACUGGAAGUACGAGAGGUAGAACCAUCCAAAAGACAAAGAUGCAGAACAAAGUUAGACUGCUACAGAGCUGAAUUGAAGAGACUAACCUUGGACUACAUUAAAGCGAGGUCUGUAAAACAGGGGGUUCUGUACGACAGUGCAGAGGAGCUGAAUGAUGUCAGGAUAUCUUCGGAUCAGAAACAAGGACUGCUUGAAAAUUCCGAGUCAUUGGAGAGGAGCAAUAACAAGCUAGAGCAAGGGUAUAGGGUCAUCAUAGAGACACAAGAAAUAGGGAGCCAGGUGCUCAAGAAUCUUGGGGAACAGAGGGAAACAAUACAGAGGUCUAGAAACAGGUUGAGGGAGGCAGACGAAGACUUAGGCAGAUCAGGCAGACUGAUGAAUUCAAUGAUAAUUCGCUCAUUACAACAAAAAGUGAUAUUAAUUGCAGUCAUAGUAUGUUUUUUUCUGGCGCUAUGUAUAGGUUUGUACUUAGGUCUCAGCAAAAACUAGCGUUAGAUUUGAUAUUCCGAAAAAAUGUACCUAAUUAACAAAAUUGCCAUUGACUGUUCAACAACAUUAUCCAUAUAUUUAUUAAUUUAAAUAAACGUUAAUAUUUUUGUAUAAACUGGCUGGUCAGAAAAGUGCUAUCAAAAUUGUAAUCAAAAUACAAAAUUCUCCACGACAAUCUAAUGUCCUAAAUAUAUCAGAGCAAAUAUUACAGAAAUUAUAGCAAAGCUAUUCAGUUCUAGAUAAUUCUGUUGAUUUGGUUGAACAUUUGUACAAGACAGAUGAUUAAAAAAGUUACCACUUUUAUGUUCUCAGUUUAAGAGACUGAAAGGUAUUCUUGUUCAGACUCAGUGUUAAAUAUUAUGUAUUCUGAUUUGAGCUUACAUAGGCCUACCAUACGAUUGAUCUAAACAGAUGCUGAUUUGAUAACUUUUUGUGUCAUAGUAUGUAUUAUUUGUAUAUAGCGUAUUAGUAUACAGUAUAUUAUCUUGAGUAACAGAUUUACAUCCUAUUUUACUCUGCGUUAUUUUAUUUAUUACUUUCAGUCGUGUUCGUUUACUAAUGUGUUUUGUACACAUUCCUGUUGAUGUGAUUUACUUUAUAUAUUGAGUUGUGUUGUGAAU